GAUUUCGUCCGAUUCUUUCAGGCUUUUCUUGUAAGGCUUUCUCGAUCGGGUUCUGGGGGUUUUGUGGGUUUCUUGGAAUUUGUUCCCGCGUUGCUUCGUUUCUUUGCUUUUGUGGGGGCUUUUUCUUCGAUUCUUGGGAAGUAUUUGCUGCGCUACGUGAACUCCGUGGGAUCGAAUAUGUUGGUUUAUCGGUGAAGUUUGUUUUGGUUCAGUGUGAAGUGAGGAGAAGGUCGCGGGUAGGCGAACUAUCUUGCUUCCGAAACGGAGUGAUUGCAAUCUGUAGGAAAGAGGUUUGGGUGUCCUGCAAAAAAUAUUUGUUUAAGCUGAUUGGGUGGAAGCCCUUCAUAAGCAUGAAUGGCCGAGAAAAGGAUUUAGAAACUCUUUUUAGAUUGUAUCGACGAGGUUCUGUUAGAUUUUUUCUUUUUCGUAAUUUUCGCCAAGAAUUCACUCCUAGUUUCCUUAAAAUUGAACUCAUUUCUGUUUGAUUUAUGACUGCAGGAGAUGCGAUUUUGGUGAAAAGAUACACUAGGAACUACGGAUUCAAGGAUGUUCCCUUGGUUCGCUCUGGUUCUGACUCUGCUGUUUUAUGUGACAUUUUCCCAUGGUUACACAUACGAACAAGAUGUGUAUGCCAUAAAUUACCUGUAUUUAGCACUGGGCUUCCCUCUUCUUCCUGGAUGGACUGCAUUUGGUGGAGACCCUUGCAAUGAUAACUGGCAAGGUGUUCAGUGUGUCAACUCGAACAUAUCUGCAAUAAUACUCAAUGGCGCAAAUUUGGGAGGAGAAUUGGGUGAUAAAUUAGGAAAUUUUACUUCACUGAUCACAAUGGACCUGAGUGAUAACCAAAUCGGUGGCAGGAUACCAGAGAGCUUACCCAUUACAAUAAGGAAGUUUUUUCUUUCAGCCAAUAAGUUCACAGGAAGCAUCCCAGGUUCAUUAUCAGGACUGACACUUCUAUCAGACAUGUCACUGAAUAACAAUCUCUUGUCUGGUGAACUGCCUGAUGCUUUCCAGACUCUCACUGGACUCAUAAACUUGGAUCUCUCUGAUAACAAUUUUAGUGGCCAACUUCCACCAUCUAUGGAGAGUUUGUCUUCUCUCACCACAUUGCACAUCCAAAAUAAUCAACUAUCUGGCACUCUUGAUGUCCUACAAGAUCUUCCUCUCCAAGAUUUGAAUGUAGAAAAUAAUAUGUUCUCAGGACCAAUCCCAGCAAAGCUUCUUAAUAUUCCUAAUUUCAAGAAGGGAGGCAACCCAUUCAAUGCCAGCAUUGCUCCUUCACCGCUGCCACCCCCUCCUACAACAUUUCCUUUUUCUCAUGCUCCUGCGCCUGCCAACUCUUUCAAGGGUCCUACUCAAAAUGGUGGCCUACCUUCUGAAAAUAAAAAAAUUUCAAUAAUAAAAGCUGUUGAAUAUGUAUGUCCUGGUGUGAUUCUACUAGCCAUUGUAACAUUAAUGGUAAUACUUAAUGUAUCAAAGUGGCAACAAAAGAAACUGAAGGAUGAAGGAUUCCACAGAGGCCAGGAUGUCAGGAAAGAUGAAAGACCAGAGGAGCCUCAUAUAAGUAUUGACUUUAUCAAACCUCAUAAAGGUGACGAAGUUCUUGGAGAGUCAACUCAAAGGCAGGAAUAUAAUUUUAAUAUUCAAAGGACUACAGCACAUCCGAUGCCACAAUUGAUUGAAAAAGACACUGUGAACCAUGUUGUUACAGGUAAAAAGAUCCUAAGAGAUCCAGCUGAAAUUCUGAAUCCUCCAACUUCUGCGACACCUUUUUCUGUUGCUUCACUUCAACUACACACAAAUAGUUUUAGUGAAGAGAACUUGAUCCAAGAUGGCACUCUUGGCCCAGUAUAUCUAGCAGAAUUCCCACAGGGGAAGCUAUUGGAAGUAGUGAAGCUUGACAAUAAGAAUUCAGAUCUUCCUGGCGAUGAAUUUUUGAAGUUGGUUAAGAUCAUCUUAGAGAUUCAACAUCCGAAUAUUGUUGAGCUUGUUGGUUACUGUAUGGACUUUGGCCAACGAUUACUAGUUUAUAAAUAUUUCAGCAGAAAAACCCUAUUUGAUGUACUCCACAGUGAUGAUGUUGGUGUCAAAGAAAAGUUAUCAUGGAAUGCCCGUAUCCAGAUAGCUCUUGAAGCAGCAAAAGCUCUAGAGUAUCUCCACGAGGGUUGUCGACCACCUAUAGUGCAUCAAAGAUUUGAGUCAAGCAACAUUCUCAUCGAUGAUGAUCUAUCUGUUCGGGUUUCUGAAUGUGGCCUGACUUCACUACUACCAUCAAGUUUUGUAACUCAGUUGUCAGGCAUGAGACCUUUUUUCAGUUAUGAUGCUCCAGAAGUCAGUGACUCUGGGUCUUAUAGUGAGAAGAGUGAUGUUUACAGCUUUGGAAUUGUCAUGUUAGAACUCCUUACUGGGCGUAAGCCCUUUGACAGCUCACUUCCUUGGGCAGAGCAACAUCUUGUGCGUUGGGCUAGUUCACAGCUUCAUGACAUCGAUGCAUUGAUAAGAAUGAUGGAUCCUUGUGUUGAUCGGCAGUUACAUGUAAAAUCACUCUCCAGAUUCGCUGACAUUAUUAGUCGUUGUAUACAGCAAGGGUCAGAGUUCCGGCCACCGAUGUCUGAGGUUGUCCAAGACCUUGCCCGUGUUAUUUGAAAUGGUAAUUACGAGUACAAAUGGUAUCAUUUUGGAAGCGAUGAUGUCGGUUCAUUCAACAUGACAAACAAAUAUAGCUCAGGAAGAGUUGCAUGGGUUUUAAGCUGGAGUGUCACUUCCCCUCCUAUCGAUCGUCACUAGCAGCUAAUAAUUGGUGUCCGCUGAUGUUGUCUCAGUAAUUGCAUAGAGGUUUCUUGUCGCUGGGGCAAAUGGCCACUCUCGGCCUUGGAUUAUGUUCUUCUGUUAUUAUUGUGACUUUGUUACAUUUCAUUUGUUAAAUGUUAAUGGUAUCGUACUGUUUGAUAGGUUCAUUUGUACAAAACUUAUCUGGCGGGAAGCAAAUCAAAAAAUUGCGGUAAUCAGAUCGGUGCAUCACAUUUAUCGGCCAUUUUUUUAUGACUGCCAUCGCGUGUGACACUAUAAUACUUUUUUUUUAUUUUUCCUUUUUUCAUCUAUCUUCUCUCUCUGUCGUUGCCAUCAUCUUCGCGACCUUCUCUGUUCAUUCUUUUCAAUCUCCUUCACCUUGUGUUUGAUUAAAAAAUUACUACUAAAAGGAUUCCGUCUAUAUAUAUAUAUAUAUAUAUCAGUUGUCUAUAUUAGAUUGUAGAUCAUGAUGA